GUGGAAAACAGAGUUUAAAUCUUUUCUUUGAUGCCAUUUAGGAGCAGAUGUUAUUUGGGACAACACACUUAAAUCCUCCAAUUCCAGAAAAACUCCAUUUGAAGUCAUUCGGUUUCAUCUGCCACAUGUAUCUCAACAACAUCAAGGGAGGUGGAUCCGCUAUACCUCCUAAAAAGGAAGAUCCUUUUCUUCAGAGGAUCUUAUGCCUAAUAUCCACCAGUGCUGUUGUGUUAUUUAACCCUUAUGAUUGUGACACAAUGAUUCCUGCAGUUCAAAAUCAAACUGCAAUAUCUGCUGUAGAGACCGAGGAUUUCGCAGAAUCACCCCCAGCAGAAUAUAAAGAUAUCUUACUGUCUCCAAGUGUGGUGAUUGUAGACGACCACGUAAGUGAAGCAAGAGUAAAGACAACACAACCUAAUAAUAAAGAUGUUGUGACAAAGUUAAUUAUUGAUAUCUACAUAAACUGUUUUAAUAAAACAUAGUCUACUUUUAAAAUAUUUGUUAAAAAUCAUUGUGAACAUCAAUAAUAUUAGGUCCUUACAUAUGAAAUUGGCGUUUUGUAUGGGAGGAACAAAAAGUCGAAUAUUUUUAAAUAUAAUAUAUUUAAUUAAUCAAAGUAUGAACCAUUGUUUUCUAUGCACUUUUGGCAUCUCAUAGGUAGUUCAUUGAUCCCUUUACUAAAAAAACCAGUCGGACGGGAAUCAAUAAAAUCAAUAAAAUCGUUAAGACAACUUGCUACUUCAUUAGGACCUCUUUUUGCAAUCUGUUCAUCCCACAUAUAUCAAUAAUUAUACACAUUGUGUUUUCGCUUAUAAAUACUGAUAUUUCCAUGCGGUGCGCUUUCUGGAAAUCGAAAACAAUGCAUGCUUUGUUGUCAUUACCAGCUAUUAAUUUGUUUUCCAGCUUUAGCAUUCGAGCAUAUUCCCUUUCCUUCUGAUGUUUUUCGUAUAUAGGAACAUGAAAGCCAAUCUUCAUAUUAUAAUUUACUAUAUCUUUAUAUUGCCUUACAGUCUGCACUUUACUAUUAUAACCAUUUUCAGUACACCAUUCUGAAUUCAUGUUAAAUAUUUUUGAAAAUGAUAAUGAGGGAUCUAAAGUGAUCUAAAACGCUUUGUUUAAUUUCGUCUGUAACUACUCUACGGUGAUGUUUAUGGCGAACUCUGCCAUCAAUAAAAGUAUCAAAAUCAGUUGAUUCAUGUUUUUUUUGUAGGGCAGUAUAAACAAAAUCAUUACAUAUGGAAAAAGUAUUCAGGAACAUCGUUUUACAUACUUUUUUUAAUGCUACUUUGUUAUCAUUUGAUUUAAUUGGAAGAUGGUUUUUUUUUAAAUUUCCUAAUAUCCCCGACUCUUGUGGUGCGGGACCUUAUUUUAUACUGUAAGCUGACAGGCGCAAGGGUGGCAUUUGUCCAUAGACAUUCGUGUUUAGCUUCGUGUUACAAGCCGCCAUUUUGAUGUUCACACAGCGAGCCGUCGUACAUACCUUUUUCUCUCGGGACCUUGCCGCGAACGGACGGGUGCAUCACUCCACAUCCAUGCGUAUCGUAUUUUAUUGUUGUUUAUGUUUCAAGAUUAAUAUUAGACAUUAUAAGUGUGUGUUUAUGGAAAUAAAGUUUCCCAAUAGAGAUUUCAUCAGCUGAUGAUGAAAGCUCUCUCAAAUUGAAAGAUAUCUGAAGAACUUUUAAGAAUUAAUUUUUUUUUUCAUUUCAGCAGGUGGAUCCGCUAUACCUCCUAAAAAGGAAGAUCCUUUUCUUCAGCGGAUCUUAUGCCUAAUAUCCACCAGUGCUGUUGGGUUAUUUAACCCUUAUGAUUGUGACACAAUGAUUCCUGCAGUUCAAAAUCAAACUGCAAUAUCUGCUGUAGAGACCGAGGAUUUCGCAGAAUCACCCCCAGCAAAAUCACCUGCAUCAUAAGCAUACCCCACAUACACACCUUCACGUACUUACACUCACUCUUACACCAUCACACAACACAGCCAAAUU